GGUAGUAUAGAAGAGGAGGAUGAGAAGCAGUGAGGCCAGCGCGCAGGAUCAUGGCGUGCGCGUGCCCGUGCCACAGCCAGCGGUUCUCCUUCCGCUAGUACUACUAGUAGUAGAUAAGAAGGAGAUGAGUAGCAGUGAGACGAGCGCGCAAGAUCAUGGCGUGCCCGUGGCCGAGCCUCAGGCUCCCGCGGCCGAGGCCGAGGCCAAGAGGAUGACCGCCCCGGCGGUGCGCCGGCGGCAGGAGAUUUUCCUGAUGAACCGCAUGGCGUCCUCGGACGACGGGGAGAACGUGUGGGCCAAGAGCGCGCGCCCGGCGUCCGGCACCUCCUCGGGCUCGUCCGGGGGGUCGGCCAAGGUGGCGCCGGAGCCGCAGCAAGGGCCCGCGGCGGCGGCGGCGUGGCCGAAGAGCCUGUCGCAUGGCGUGCACUCCGUGAUCGGGCGGCGGCGGCGCAUGGAGGACGCGGUGGCCAUCGCGGCGCCGCUGGUGGCGGCGGCCGCGGCGGGGGAGGAGAAGAGCGGAGAGGGGGAGGAGAAGAGCGGGAAGGAGGAGGGGGACGGCGGCUGGGCGCCGGAGUUCUUCGCGGUGUACGACGGGCACGGCGCGGCCUGGGUGGCGGAGGCGUGCCUGGAGCGUCUGCACGUGGUGCUCGCCGAGGAGCUGGCGCGCCUGCGCCUGGCGAGCGGCGGCGGCGACGAUGCCAGCGCGCGGUGGAGGGAGGCCAUGCUGGCCGCCUUCGCCCGCGUGGACGACGAGGUCGCCGUCGUCCAGAUCGCGACCAAGGACAGCACCACCGUGGAACCGCACGGCUCCACGGCCUUGGUGGUGGUGGUGGAGCCCCGCCGCAUCGUGGUCGCCAACUGCGGCGACUCCCGCGCCGUGCUCUGCCGCGGCGGCGCCGCCGUGCCGCUCUCCACCGACCACAAGCCAGAUCGCCCGGAUGAGCUGGAGAGGAUAGAAUCAGCAGGUGGCCAGAUCAUCUACUGGCAGGGCCCCCGUGUCCUGGGGGUGCUUGCAAUGUCAAGGUCAAUUGGAGACUAUUUCAUGAAGCCAUCCAUGUCAGCCGAGCCGGAGGUGACGGUGACGGACCGCACGGACACGGACGAGUUCAUCAUCCUGGCGAGCGACGGGCUGUGGGACGUCAUGUCCAACGAGUUCGCCUGCAAGGUCGCGCGGUACUGCCUGAGCGGGCGCGCGGCGGCCAAGUGCCCCGCGACGGUCGGCGGGAGCUCGGCCAGAGACGCCGCCGCGCUGCUGGUGGAGAUGGCGGCGGCGCGGGGCAGCGACGACAACAUCAGCGUCGUGGUCGUCGAGCUCAGGCGCCUGGCGUGGAGGAAGAAGCAGGCUGCUAGUAGCCAGCGUAACGGCAGGAUGUAGCCUGAAGGCGUCCCCUCCGGCUAGCUCGUCGCGAUAUAUAAAGCAUGCAUGGCGACGGAGCGAGGGAAGAGAGGAAAAUUCGCAGUAUGACGGGACGAAAGUGUGAACAAAAAAGAUGGGCUUUGAGAGCUAUCUGCUCCUAUAUGCUGUAGUAGCUAAUACUCAUAGCCCGUUCCGUUGUAUUAUGCAAUAGAUGGUUCUUUGACAUGGAUGUGGCAUUCCGGCCGAUGGAAAGCAUAA